UGUUUUGAUUGAUAUACUAAGAUCUAGACUCUAGUACACUGCAGCUGCACUGAAUACAUACAUCUGAAGUGAAGACUGGAUUGAGAGCUAGCUAGUACAGAAUUGAGAUGUUGCAGCCAAUAUUAUCCAACUUAGGAGGGAAGAGAAUUGUUUUGGCAUCAGGAUCGCCAAGACGAAAAGAUAUUCUCUCUCGUAUCGGUUUGAAGUUUGAAGUUAUUUCAUCUACUUUUGAAGAGAAUCUUGACAAGGGUUCAUUCACACCAGAAGACUAUGUUCAGGAGACAGCGAGAGGGAAAGCAUUGGAGGUAGCAGAGAGGUUAAAAGGGCCUUCAAUGCCAGAUCUGAUCAUUGGUGCUGACACAGUAGUGGCUCUUGGAAACAAGAUCCUGGAGAAGCCCCCAAGUGAGAAGGGUGCUAUUGAGAUGCUGACAGAGCUGAGUGGAUCCACACACAAAGUUCAUACGGGCAUUAUACUUAUAACACCAUGUAAUGGGCAAUUAAAAACAAUCCAAUUCUUUGAGACUACUGAAGUGAUGUUUGCUGAGCUGACACCUGAGAUUGUAAAAGGCUAUGUGGCAACAGGUGAACCAAUGGACAAAGCAGGAGGAUAUGGUAUCCAAGCAAUCGGAGGAACACUGGUGAAAGGCAUUGUGGGGGAUUAUUUUAAUGUGAUGGGAUUCCCGCUUCAUCAUUUCUGUUGUAAGAUGCUGGAACUGUUUGGGAAAAACUGAUGUUAUAUACAUCUUGCCAGUCAUGAGGCACAAUCAUAGGUAGAGCGUUGUGGGAGUAACUAACGUAAGGUCGCAGGUUUGAAACCAUGUCAGAGCGCUAUUGCCUUUGAUAA